UUUUCUAAGUAGAAAUUGACAAAAUUAUCCCGUUUAAUUAUAAUGGAAAAUAGAUCAUGCUUGUGCUUUAUUCUUUUUCUCCUUUAAUUAGUGGACCUGCCUAUUCAAAACCUUAAUAAAAAUUAUAUAUAAAACACCAAGCUCUCUGGGCUCAGACCUAGUUUUCAGCAGCAUGGCUAACUGCACCAAGAAGGUCGGAAUCAUGGGUAAAUACGGGACCCAUUAUGGUGCCUCCCUCAGGAAAAUGGUGAAGAAGAUGGAAAUAAGCCAGCACACUAAGUACACUUGCUCCUUCUGUGGCAAAACCAAGAUGAAAAAAUGAGCUGUGGGGUGGCACAGUGGUUCCUGCAUGAAAACCGAAGCCCUUGGCAUGUGGACCUACACCAUCACUUCUGCGGUCACAGCAAAGUCGGCCAUCAGAAGACUGAAGGAGUUGAAAGACCAGUAGAAGAUCUACCAUUUGAAACGUUGCUAGCAUAUA